UGCGGUCGGAGGUCUUGCAGUGGGGACACGGGUCUAAGGUCGCAUGUCAUCCUGGGGUGAACCGGACUAUACAACUCGUCGCCCAGCGGUUCUGGUGGCCGGAGCUCCGGAGGGACGUGACGGACUUCGUCAGUGCCUGCACCUCCUGCGCCUGCGGCAAGUCCUCACGCCGGCCCCCGGCGGGGUUGCUCCAGCCGUUGCCCGUUCCGCCUCGUCCUUGGUCCCACAUCGCCCUGGACUUCGUGACGGGCCUACCGCCAUCCCGUUGCCCUCGGCGCUGGAGACCGCCGACCUCCUUAUCCAGCACGUCUUUCGCCUCCACGGUAUUCCACUGGACAUUGUCUCGGACCGUGGGCCCCAGUUCGUAUCCCGCGUCUGGAAGCGGUUCUGCCGGUCCCUCGGGGCCACGGCCAGUCUGACCUCGGGGUACCACCCCCAGUCCAAUGGACAAGCCGAGCGUGCCAACCAGGAUCUGGGGGCAGCCCUCCGCUGUCCCCCUUCAUGGCCGCCUACGGGUACCAGCCGCCGCUGUUCCCGUCCCAGGAGGGGCAGGUGGAGGUCCCCUCUGUGCAGCACCACCUUAAGCGGGCCCAUCGCGUGUGGAAGGAGGCCCGGGCUGCGUUGUCCCGCACGGCGACCAGGAACCAGCGGAUCGCGGAUCGUCGCCGGCGCCCUGCUCCUUCGUACGUGGUGGGACAGAAGGUGUGGCUGGCAACGAGGGAUCUUCGCCUGGCCGGCACGUCUGCGAAACUGGGACCCCGGUUUACUGGACCAUUCGAGUUCAGUGGAUGACACAGUCAACAUGAGGCUGCACAUUAUCCGGGAACCCUGGGAACAAGGGCGCAGGGAUGAACUGAAGUGGGAGACUAACAUCAACUCUAUCUUGAAAAAGACACAGCAGAGAAUGUACUUCUUGCAACUGUUGAGGAAGUAUGGUCUGCCAUAA